UCGAACAAGGCAAAUAUAAAAACAAAAACUUGAGAAAAUGCGUUUCUACAUCGUUGUCGUUUUGGUUGCCUUGAUGGUUGCUGUUGUAGCUGCUCAAGGACGUGGAGGACCCCGCGGUGGACGCGGUGGCCCACAAGGCGGUCCUGGCGGCCCCGGCGGUCCACAGGGAGGUCCUGGCGGCCCCGGCGGUCCACAAGGAGGUCCUGGCGGCCCCGGCGGUCCUCAGGGGGGUCCUGGCGGUCCCGGCGGUCCCGGCGGUCCCGGCGGUCCAUGGGGACUUCCACCAAAUGCCACAUUGCCAUCCAAUUCCACAUCAACAUCAACAACGACCACUACCAGCACCACAGAAGCUUCUACAGAUGCCGAUUCCACCACAGCUUCUUCAGCUUAAUUUGGUUUCAUUCAUUACAUUAAACUUUGUAUAUUAAAUCAUAUUAACAAAAUUCAA